AUGUUUUCACUUGUACAGGAAAAAACAAAAAAUAGUAGCACAUGUGGUGUAUUUUGACUAAGAUAUUUUAACGCGUCUCUAAAAUUAUCCACAGCUACAACGAGAUAUAUUCUACUUUGCAGAAACAGAAUUUCUUCAGUUCAUAUCAAGCUGGGAAAGGAUCCUGAAGCUCACUAUUUACAAUGUCACAGGCCACCAAACGGAAACAUGUUGUCAAGGAAGUUCUUGGAGACUUUGUUACACCGAGAGAAAACCAGCUGAUUGUGAAGGUUGUUUGUAGCCGGGGUAACAAUCUCCAUGAAGCUGUCACGUCUGAGGGUGAGAGUUUCCUGGUGAGCAUGCCCACAAAGUUCCGAAAGAACAUCUGGAUCAAGAGAGGUGACUAUGUGAUCGUUGACCCCAUUGAAGAAGGAGAGAAGGUGAAGGCAGAAAUAAGCUCCAUUCUUUACAAAGAUCACAUUCAGCACCUGCAGAAACUGCAGCUCUGGCCGGAGGGCUUCACAGAGGAGACAUCAGCACAGGACGAGACACCGCAACAGCAGUCCAAGGAAGAGGACACAGAGGACAAAGGCAGAGAGGAUGAAGAUUCCGACUCUGAAGAUGAUGACAGUGAUCUGUUUGUGAACACCAACCGCCGUAACUAUCACUACAGUGAGAGUGAGGAGGAAAGUGAGGAAGAAGACGAGGAUGAUGAGAGGACAGAAAACUGUUCCUAGUCAGAUGUUUUGGACAAUCAGUGCGUGAGACGUGUGGGAAUCCUCUGACUUCAGACUGUUCCAAGCCACAGUCUGAAGGUCAAGAUUGGUGAAGGUGAAGAUUGGAACAGCGCCCCCUGCAGCUCCUUUACGCCAGCCAGUGUGGAACAUCACAAGCUAAACUAAACCUGGGCGUCGUACCACAGGAUCGACUUGGACCCAAUCAGAGCUCAUCGUUUUGAUUCCUGCAACCUCUGUGGUAUUGAAACGUGAACUUGAAUAGUUUACAUUUCUCAGUGAAGAAAAAUCAGCCACACUUUACUGAUUUGUUGUCCACCUCAGCAUAUUAUAUCCCAGUGAAACUUCAGAUGACUGCAUGAACAUAAUACAGAACCGCACUGCAACACAUGAACAAACUUGGAUUAAAGUUGUCAUGAGUAAUUUAACAUCUAUCUAGGAGGGUUAUGUUGGAUUUACCGGUAACUACUGUACUACUCAGAAAGCUGUUUGCAUUAAUGAAACACUCAAUGUGGAAAACCUGUUCAGAUAAGUCAUGCUUCAGUUGACCUUGCCCAAAGUAGUCGCUUGUUUUU